AUGUCAAACCGUCCACACGCUCCUCCUGCCCACGUCAUUGGCCAAGAUGGUCGAGAGACCGACCUCCUUCACUGGAUGUACGCUCGCUCUGACAUUAAGCAACUUCGAGGAAAUCCGCAGAAAGUCAUCGCAGCCAUUGAUGAAUAUCACACCAAGCAUAACCAGCUCAUGAACAUCGGCGCAGUCAAAGGAGCAGCUAUCAGUGAUCUCAUUGCUCAGAGAAAGCCCUCUAUCAUGUUCGAGCUCGGCGGAUACGUGGGUUACUCGGCUGUUCUCUUUGGAAAUAGUCUCAAGGCGCACGGAGGAAGAUUCGUGAGCAUUGAGAAAAACCCAGAGAUGGCCGCAGUGGCCAAUCAGCUGGUUGAUCUCGCUGGUCUGCGUGAAAAUGUGCGAAUUCUUGUUGGCUCUAGUAACGAGGUGUUGGAGGAGCUUGUUCGUGAGAAGAAGGAGCUCAAGGAAGUGGAAAUGAUGUUUAUCGAUCACUGGCAGAGACUGUAUCUGCCCGACCUGUGGCUUCUCGAGGAACUUGGUGUCCUGGUUCCGGGAAAGACCAUGCUGAUUGCCGAUAAUGUCAUUAUGCCUGGUGCUCCGGACUAUCUCCAGUGGGUCAAGGCUUCGCCGGAAGAGAAGAAGAAGCUUCUCAGCAAGCUCAAUGUUGGAUCUCAUCAUCCCAACCCGGAUCUUGUCUUUGAAACCGUUGUUCCUGAAUACGAUACGGAUUUUGGAAAGGACGGUCUGGCAAUCACCAAAGUUUUGUGA